UGGCAAAACCGUGAGUCAAAAAGGAGCUAUGCUUGAAUGGGUGAGGAAGCUACACAAAGAUAUGAAAGUAGAGGAGCUUGUAGACAGAGAACUUGGGACAAACUACGAUAGAAUAGAAGUUGGAGAGAUGCUACAAGUGGCUUUGCUCUGCACUCAGUUUCUUCCAGCUCACAGACCGAAAAUGUCUGAAGUGGUUCAGAUGCUUGAAGGAGAUGGACUGGCAGAGAGAUGGGCUGCUUCACACAACCAUUCACAUUUCUACCAUGCCAACAUCUCUUACAGGAGUAUUACUUCUACUGAUGCUAACGGCAACAACCAAACAAAGCAUCUGUUUGGUUCCUCAGGAUUUGAAGAUGAAGAUGAUAAUCAGGCCUUAGAUUCAUUUGCCAUGGAAUUGUCUGGUCCAAGGUAGUAGAUCUUGGACAAAGAGUGAAAGAAUGAUAUAAUAUCCCCACGACUUCAGUAUUGUUUAGAGUUUAUAGACAUGUAAAGGUGAUUAAUCCUCUGAAAUUGAGAUUAUGGGUCUAAUGAAUACUAUUUUGGAUGUAUAUAUAUUACGGUUUUCUUGAAAUGUGUUUAUUUUGGUCUCUC